AUGGCUGAGACCGCGGAGGACCUGAGUACAAUGCUCGAUGAUCUCAAUAGAGCCUCCGAACAAGUUGGUCUUAAGAUGAACAUGGAGAAGACGAAAAUCAUGUCUAAUGUCCAUGUUGUACCGACUUCUAUUAAGAUCGGAGGCUCUACGCUCGAAGUUGUUGACAGCUACGUAUACCUGGGACAAACGGUCCAGUUAGGUAAGUCCAACUUCGAGAAAGAGGUCAAUCGUCGAAUCCAACUCGGCUGGGCUGCGUUCGGGAAGCUACGUAGAAUCUUCUCGUCCAGAAUACCGCAGUGUCUCAAGACAAAAGUCUUCGACCAGUGUGUGUUGCCAGUGCUAACAUACGGCACUGAGACGUGGCCGCUCACGAUGGGCCUUAUUAGAAAGCUCAAGGUCACUCAAAGGGCAAUGGAGAGGGCUAUGCUCGGAGUUUCACUGCGUGAUCAAAUCAGGAAUGAGGAGAUCCGCAGAAGAACGGGAGUCACCGACAUAGCCCGAAGAAUUGCAGUACUUAAGUGGCAGUGGGCAGGGCACAUCGCUCGCAGAACCGAUGCCCGAUGGGGCCAACGGGUUCUCGAGUGGCAACCACGAGCCGGAAGACGCAGCGUGGGUAGGCCCCCAACAAGGUGGUCCGACGACCUGGUGAAGGUCGCGGGAAUCCGCUGGAUGCGGGUGGCACAAGACCGGUCGUCGUGGAGAUCCUUGGGGGAGGCCUAUGUCCUGCAGUGGACGUCUUUUGGCUGA